AUUUUCUGAAAUGUAAAUUUGUUUUCUGUAAUGUAAAUUUUUUUUCUGUAAUGUAAAUUUGUUUUAUGAAAUGUAAAUUUGUAUUGGUACUUGUAAAAGUGCUUUGCACCCCCCGGCCACCGUAUUUCCGGGUCAGCAUCGCCGUUGGUGCAUUCCCUUUCCGGUUGAUUUUGUGCAAUGUCAAUUUGUUUCAGUAUUUGUAAAAGUGUUUCGCAUCUUGUUUUCUGAAAUGUUAAUUUGUCUUUAGGUUUGUAAAAGUGUUUUAGAUUUUGUAAUGUUGGUUUGCACCCCCCCGGCCACCGUAAAUUAAGUGACUGACUGAGCAAUGAUAUUUCAAUUCAAAUGUUAUUCUAACUUAUUGAAAUGUACUAGUAUAAUUAAUUAAUUUAAUGUGAUGUUAUCUAUGUGGCAUUUAAACAAAAGGGGAUAAAAUGAACUGCCAUGAAGUGGCAGCAGCGGUGAACCGGUAGGAGGAGACUGUCCUCCGGCUUCCGCGUCCCACUGCGCCCCUCACCUCACUUCUCUCGUUGCAUAGCACGCCGGUAAUUUUGGUCACGUUACCAAUCCCUCAUCCUUAUUUAUUCACUUUUUCUUUCUACCAAUAAGGAGUUUAUCAAAACGACUUUACAAAAUUUGGCGGCACCUACACAGCCCCGUCCUACAUAACCGGAGGUUGUCGACUGCCUCAUCCAUGUAUUGGAGUCCCGAGCCCCAGAGAACCGGCUCCGGCUCCAGCCAUGUCGGCCGAGAACACAGCAGCUGGCGGCGGUGACAGAGCGGGAAGCGAACCGGCAGAUGACGUGCUGGUUGAGGAAGAACAGAGCAAUUCUCUGCCCAGCUUGAUGACCCCAUCCUUGACAUCUGGUAUGUCCUUGAACAUGGACAUGCCAAGGAAGCGCAAGGGAAGCACAGACAACCAGGAUUCAAAAUUGGCUUUAGUUAAUGAUGCAGAUAUGGAAGAUGACCUAAACAGGUCAGAUGAUGAGGACCAACAUGUCAAAAUCAAAUGCUUCAGGGAACCACACAGCCAAAUUGAGAAGAGGAGACGAGACAAAAUGAACAAUCUCAUUGACAAGCUUUCAGCCAUGGUCCCUACGUGUAACCCCAUGUCCCGUAAACUGGACAAACUCACGGUGCUCAGAAUGGCAGUGCAGCACCUAAAAUCCCUCAAAGGUUCAGCGAGCUCCUUUUCUGAAGCGAGCUACAAACCAUCAUUCCUUCCGGAUGAAGAGCUUAAACACCUCGUCCUCAAGGCUGCAGAUGGGUUCCUGUUUGUAGUGGGCUGUGAUCGUGGGAAAAUAGUUUUCGUCUCAGAGUCCAUCACAAAGAUAUUAAAUUAUAGUCGGGCGGAGCUGAUUGGACAGAGCCUGUUUGACUACAUACACCCCAAGGACAUGGCAAAAGUGAAGGAGCAGCUGUCGGCUUCUGAGUUGCACCCUCGGGAACGGCUAAUAGAUGCUAAAACUGGUCUGCAGGUUCAGGCUGACCUUCCCAUCGGUGCGUCCCGGUUGUGUUCAGGCGCUCGUCGCUCCUUCUUUUGUCGCAUGAAGUACAACAAAAUGCCCGUGAAAGUGGAAGAAAAGGAAAGCCAGGUUAAUGCCUCUAAAAAGAAAGUGUCACAGAAAUAUUGCACAGUCCACUGCACCGGCUACAUGCGCAGCUGGCCAACCAGUCAGAUGGGAGCAGAGGGGGAAGGGGAAGCGGACAAGCAGGACAGCUCCUACUUCAGCUGCCUGGUGGCGGUGGGGCGCGUCCAUUCACUCUCGGCACCGCAAGUUAACGGAGAAGUUCGAGUUAAACCCACCGAGUUUGUUACGCGCUACGCCAUGGAUGGAAAAUUCACCUUUGUUGAUCAAAGAGCGACAACCAUUCUAGGUUAUCUUCCCCAGGAAUUGCUCGGAACGUCGUGCUACGAGUACUUCCAUCAAGAUGAUUUACUACAUUUAGCUGAUCGGCAUCGAAAAGUCCUGAGGAGUAGAGAGAAAAUAGAGACAAACUGUUAUAAAUUCAAAACAAAAUACGGUUCUUUUGUCACUCUGCAAAGUCAGUGGUUUAGUUUUGUCAAUCCCUGGAACAAAGAAGUCGAAUACAUAGUUUCAACCAACACAGUCAUAUCGUAUGACAACAGCCGAACAGGGCGGGCAGGACAUAAGUUGGAGCAGUCGGGCAAUUCCAAGGCUUUGGAAGGUCAGAAAGACUGCAAGAAGACCCUUCCAGUUAUUCCAGGCAUCUCCUAUGCAUCUGGAACAAUGAUAUUCGCUGGAAGCAUUGGGACGCAGAUUGCCAACGAGCUGCUGGAUUUCAACAAGAUCAAUUCGUCACCUUCCAGUGGGAACGUCAGUCCGUUUAGUCUGGCGCAGGAUAAGUCUCCUCAAUCUCUCAAUCACAUCACCAACAGUGUGCCAAACGGAGAAACUUCUGACAUGGAGAUCCCAGGGAAGUCGAGCUCCGAGGGUGAGCCUCAAGGGGCUUCAUUCUCAGGAGGAGACUCUCAUAUGGGGGAUAAUUCCCAGCUGGAUUUGGACUGUGUUGUUGGGCCCGGCCUGAACAGUCUUAGCAACGACGAAGCCGCCAUGGCUGUGAUCAUGAGCCUGCUGGAGACCGACACAAACUUGGGAGAAGCCGUAGACUUUGAAGAGAUGCACUGGUCUUUAUAGAACCCGUUUAACAGCUGCUGUGGGGAAAACAGAAAUGCUAACUCCAAAAAGCAGCAGUUAUGUUUUUAUUCAGAAACUUUAAAUUAUUAGUUACCUCUUUUCAUCGUAAGCUGUGUAGUUUCUGGGUGACUGCUCUCACAAGAUCAGGUCUGGUGACAACGUGGGACACUGUUUCCCCCUCAGAUGGAGGUUGUGCCUCCUGAGCCUUGCAGCAGUUUCUCACUAGAUAAAAGUUUUUACAAGCUCAGACAAUAAUGGGAAUUUCCAACUUUUAAUCCCUUCAUCCCAGUUUUGAAAAAAAGUUAAGGAAUGAAAUGCAAAAAUAUAGAUAUAUAUAUAUCACACUGAUCAUGCAGGUUUCUACUGCAUGAUUAAUAACAAAAACUUUUAAAACAAAAAGGACGAGGAAGACAGCCCGGCCCCUCUCUGUAAACCCUCAGGAGCUAACACGUUGGUAUGGAGCGUAUCACGGCAGGCCACACCUCUGUAACCUCUACCUUUGAGAGUCGACUCUAAUGUGGGUGCUUGGAGGGUUUCUCUUGUCAGUAUCUGAACAUUUUUCAUGGCAGCAGCCCUGUAAAGCUCUUCUCUUCUACACUGACCUAUAAAUGCUGUAUUUGUGUGGGGUUAAUGAUGGCAAACACCACAUUUUCAGACCAUAUGUGUCAGACAUAGAGCCGGUUACUGUAUAUUUGUCCUUUUACAUUUAGUAGAGCAGAUCAACUUUGUGCUAAGCAGAAAAACAAGAAUAUUUGAAAAGUGGACUAUGAGGUUCGGUAGAAACAACUAACUGACUUUAGGUUUUUACACGUUAAAGUUGAAUCUGAGUGAUGAUGGAAGAGAUGACUCAGGGAGUUAUCCAGUUGACGGAUUUACAGACUUCCCUGUGUUCAGUGUACUGUAGCCCUGACCGUACCAGUUCACCUGUGUGUUUUUAGGCGUUUCUUCCUUUUUUUUUUAAAUGUACUUUUAUGCACUGGCAUCUUUCCGAAGACGUGUUAAUAUUUGCCGUGCUUAUUGAGUCCACACGGUGUUGUCUCAUGAAGCCCCGGUCAGUAGUUUAUAUGCAUUCUUUGCCAGCAUGAAUGUGGUAUCAUUUGGUGCAAGUUUUAAUUUAUUGUGAACUUUGUCUAAUCCACUCAGUGGUAAAGUUAUACAUACAGGGUUAAAUAUAUAGUUACACCCCCACUAAUGUUUGGAUAAAUAUCUCAAAUUUUUGGAGAAACUUCACACCGUUUGUGUCCAACAAGGUCCUGACAUAAUUCUGGGUGCAUGUUAGAUGAUUCCUCUCAUCAGAAACUGUAGAGCUUGUUUGAAUUGGUUGGUUUGCUGCUACAAACCUGACUUUUGUUGCUGACCUUUGGCCAUGUCGCCUUUGCAAAAGAGAAUUGGUUCUCAGUCGACUUGCCUGGUUAAAUAAAGAAUUUAAAAAAAUACACCUUUAGCAGAUUACAUACAUUUUCAACAGGUUUGAGGUCAGGGGGAUUCUAGAUGCUUUGUUAGCCUGCUUUAGCUGUUGAUUUGAGGCCAAGUUGAAGAAUUUGGACAUGGUUGUUUGUAUUAUUCCCACCGCUUUUUUUUUUCUUUGACUCCACUGAUAGUGAAGCAGACCCGCAGCACUGGUGUUCAAACAACUUCCAGUUUAUGAUACUCUUAGGCUGUUGUGGUUCCUGGGUUGUUCCUGAGCAUCUUAACAAAUUUUCUUUUAUCCGAGGUUGUUAAGUUGUUAAGUUAAGUUGGGUCAGGAGGUUGAAACUUUGACUCACUGGGUUUUCCAACAGGACCGAUCCUAAACACACACACAAACCGAUUUAAAAAAAAAAAAGCUUGCAUUAAGUUUCAUGAAUGGCCUCCCUUAAAGCCCGGACCUCAACCUAUGUUGACUAUUCAUUUCUUAAAAGCCAUGUCCAUGCUAGGAAACCAGCCACCAUCAAUGAACAGAUCAAGACUGGGAAAGUAUCCAGUCAGAAAUAGGACAGGAUCUAAUGCUAGCUACAGGUGGUUCAGGUGCAACCUACGAAGUAACAUUUAGCCAAAUAGCAGUGGAGGUUGUAUGUGUAUAUUUGAGCCUGUACGAAUUACAGAAAGCUUUUAAAACUAAUUGUUGUUUGUUGUAAGAUCUUUCCACCCUGGUUAAAGACGGGUUAAAAUAUAUCAUUGAAAGCCUCAGAUUGUUUUACAUUAAUGCCUAUGAUGGGUGUAUGUAAACUCUAGACCAGAACUGUGCAUUCAUUAAGAGAUUAUGCUAUGCAGAACUAUCAUUCCAUACAUUUCCACUUUUAAAUUUAUUCUCUUUGCCUAAUGGUUCGUGCAUGAAACCUACGUGUUCAAACCUGGGAAUCCCUGAACAUUUAUAAAUCCCGUUGCCAUUUACCUCGAGUAGAGUUUUGAUGUCCUGUUGCACAGUUUAUCUCUUAGGGAGAAAAGUGAUGGCCCUUGUUAGGAUGGCCUGUUUUGUCGGUGAUCCACUGCAUUGUCCCAUUGUAUCUGAGUUUUAUCAUGGAGUCACCGAAGCAUGUUAAAGAUUUGUCAGUUAAAUUUUCCCUCAAAACUGACAGAAUUCCUGCUAAGAACAACUGUUAUUGAAAUUAUGUACCUAUCUGUAGUCUCAUUGAAAGAAGCUAACUUAUUGGUUGUUUGUAUUAUAAAAAUGUUUUCUUGAAAUGUUGAAUGCCAAACUAUUGAUGAAUUUUAAUAUGCAGUCAAGUAUCAUUAGCAAAUAACACAUUCAUUUUAAAGGUGCAUCUUGCUGAGUGCUGCAGAUAUCACAUUUUCUUUCAUUAUUGAACACAGAGUGUUAUAAGAAGAGCAUCGAAAAGAACAUCGUACAAUGUUUCAAUAUUUUUGUCAGAAAUAUGUGUAUGUCUAUUUUACCCUAUAUAAAUACUACAUAAUAUACUUGCACCUAAGCAUUACAUGGAAUAGUUUGUUCUUCUUCGUAUCUUGGGCCACUAUUUACAAAUCUCAUGAGGACUGUUAAGGUUUUCUUUCCCAAUAAGAGCUCUUGUUUUGUGGAUAGAAAAGGCUAAGAAUCAUGAAGAAUACUAUAUUGUCUUAUUAAGCUUGAAUUAUGAGGAGCCAGUCGACGGAGCAGCUCAGUUCACAGGGACUCUCCUGCCUGUGUCCGAAGUGCCUUUGGACAUUUCUGCUCGGACACAUAAUGAAACCUGUGUUAUAUUUUGUUUUUCUCUGAGGCGCCUCUGCGGACUGAACGGAGGGCUAAAUGUAUAUCGUUGGAUUAACUUGAAGCUCCAUGGCAUGCUGUGCUCAUCAUGGAUGAAAUGGAUACCUGUGCAGAGAUUGGAAGCCGAAGCUGCACAUGUUGGCUUCAGAACUCACUACCUAACCAAACCCGCAGAGCUAAGGAGUCCUGUCAUGUACGUUUAUGUGAGGCCGUUUGGUGUCGUUACUGUGCUGCUUCCUCCUCUGUCGUAGUCGUCGUUUUCCCCAGAAAGAUAAUAUAUUGCUCUCAUGUCGGCUUGUUUUGCUGUGACAGAGUGAUUGACCUUUUCACAGAGUUUUGCUCUGUCUCCAUUUGAAAUAAAAUGUAGAUUUAGUAAGCAAGUUACCUUUGUUGAUGUUUUUGUGAAGCUGGAUAUUCUUGUUUUUAAAAACUAAACAAUUAGUAGCACAGAUUUUGCUGUUAAGGGUUGGGAUAUAUGUCUGUCAGCCCAGGGCAGCAUGGCAUAGGGGGCGUCGGUUGCAACAAGGUUCUCCAGCUCCAGUCCUGGAGAGGUUGUGACUUUUAGAUGCAUCCCUUUUCCAACACACCUUAAUUCAAUGAAUGGCUCAUUUGUAGGCCUCUGCAGAAACUGAUGACAUGCUGAGGUAAUUUAGCCAUUUCAUUCAGGAAAGUUGAAGCAGGGAUGCUUGUAGGAUAGUAGCUCUCCAGGACUUGCUGACUCCUAGUGUAGCACAACAAAAUGGUUUCUAUGACCACUUCGAAGUGCAUGAUGAUAAAAAUAAAAAAACAAAUGCAAGCAAAAUAUAAAAAUUACUGUAAAUUUAGAAUGAAGGUAUUUUAAAAAAAACUAAUUUUAAAAGAAGCAAUUAUUUUUAAUCAUGUUUUUGUUUUUUCUGCUAAUAAAUACUAUGUAUGUUUAUUUCUUCUAAGUCUUCUAUAACUGCUACGUUUAAAAAGGUUUCUUUGCAUUUAUAAUUUUAAACUGGUUAGACUAGAGCGCUUAUGGACAACGGUUGCUUUGUUUAAUUAUCAAAAGGUAGCAUUGUUUUAUGCGUUGACCCUUAUUAAAUAAAUUCUAAGUAAAGGAGGAGGGUAAAGUGCAACAUUAUAACAAAUAUUGCACAGUUAAAGUUAGACCAAAACUCAAUUAUUCUACACUUGGCAUAUGCUGCUAAGGGAUUCUCAUUGUGAACUUAAAUAAAUACUUGCACAAAAAUGUUUUAAAGUGUAUCUAAUUGAUAUUUCUAAAGGAAAGCAAUGCUCUUUUUCAUACUGCUACAAAACAAAUAGUUUGAUAUAGUAUUAUUCAUUCAUAUAACAUUCAUCUUAUUUUGAUUUUGAUACAUUGACUUAGGAAGAAAAUAUAUAUUACACACCCUUCUGCUGCACAACAUGGUAUAACAAUUUGAUUUGACUUUGAUAAUUAGUCAGGCUAUCUGCUCACAGUGCCAGCAGCUGACUACUUAAAAGAUAUGGCAAAAGUAAUUUUACAACAGAAUGAAAGAGUGAUGAUUUGGGGUCUUCUAGUUUUUACAUUGAGUCUGUUUUUCACAAGAAUUUAUCCAAAUAGCUAAAUUUGUCUCUGACUUCAUGGUGGUGACAUGAUUAGCACUGAUGACUUACAGCAAAAAGGGUUCAAUUCCCAGCCGGGGUUCUUUCUGUAUGGAUUUUGCACGCUGACCCUGUUCUCGCUCAUGCAUGUAUGGUUCUGUCCGGGUACUCUAGCUUCCUACCAUGGACCAAAAGCAUGAUAAUUGUGUGUGCGUGUGCGCAUCCUGUGUAUCUCUGUGGUAUCCUGUGAUGGACUGGCGGCUUGCUCAGUGUGUCCUGACUCUUGUACAGUGAUUGCAGGAGAUAGGCACCAGCCCCCUUGUGACCUUGGAAGGAUAAGUGUGGUUUAGACAAUAGAUGGAUUAGUUUGUCUCCUUGGUAAGCAAGGGAACAGUGCAGUAGACUUUCAGCCAGCUGAUUGUGCUCUGGGCUCCAUACUGUCAGAGAAAACUACUCUCACUCCAGCAAGUUUCUCAGUAUCAUUUAAAGGACUUUAAGCCAUGUGAAGGGUAUGUUGAAAUAUGUAGGUGUUUAUUAAACUAUGACAAACGCCACCCUGUCAGCAGCUAACAUGCAGUGGCCAUGGAGGAGGUCAGUGCUCUCGGAGUGCUUUUUUUUUUUUAUUUUGUUUUGGGGGUGGGGUCGUAUAAAUAAAGUUGCCAAAUCUUUUUUUCUACAUUGAUUUGACAGUUUUUUAAACAGCACUCAUGAUUUGUGAAAACUCUGUGAGUUUGUUAUUUCGUUAUAUUUUAGCCCCUGGGAUUCCCAAAUUCAAACCACUUUCUGUUUUUAUUGCUGCUGUUGCUAUAUUUUAGCUUUUUAUUCCAUCUUAUUGUAUACGUCGGUUUUUUUUGGCUUUAUGUCUGUCUUCUGUAGUUAUUUCAUUUGUAUUUAUCUUCAUGUGAAGCACUUUGAUCAACAUUAAGUGUUGUUAAAUGUGCUAUAUAAAUAAAAAUGACAUUGAGAUUGCAA